CUCUUGACUCGUUCUGGUGACAUCCGAUUCUUCGAUCUCGCCAUGAGCGAAGGGACCGUGGAUGUGGAUGAAACGGAUGGAGCCCUACUGGGUCUUUGCGAGUAUUGUGGUGAACUGAAGGUCCUUGACCAAUUGGGUCGCUGUUCGACUCCGGAGGUGGAAGGCUCUCCGGUCCAUUGCUACUCCUGCGGAGAGCCGAGCGAAUUCUCCAGCAGCCAAGCUCGGAAGGAAAGCCAUGCCCGCUGUGAUGCGUGCAUCGCCGCACGGCGCACGCAGCGCUUUAAGCCUUUCGAGCAGCUCGCACGACAUGGAGAACCUGCCAGUCUCUUGCAAGCUGUAGAAGAGAUCAAUGAGGAGUUGGUCAUGACGCUCUUGGAGGAAGGCAUUGAGGUCGACCAAGUUCGCCAGCGGAAGGUCCGGGCGGAUUCCACCGGCCUCAUUUGGCGGCCGGUGUACAGCUCCGACGGUCGGCCGGUGCCGGAAGAGGAUCCGUCGCUGGGAAGAGCAGAUGUGAUAUACUUUGCUUUAUGGAUUUGAGUCAUCGAUGGGUGCAGGGGUCGCUAUUUGGGUUCAAAGCACACGUUGAUAGAUUUAUGUUGUAUUCUUUUGACUAAAUGAACAGAUCUCCACUGUCGUUGCAGGUACCAGCCCACGACUCCACUGAAGAUGGUCGUUUUCCGGCUCUCGGAUUGCAUGCUGGAUGAAGCUGCUCGGAUGAGGCUGGUGAAGAUCGCUCAAGCUUUACUGGAGCAUGGAGCACCCCGAGAAUCGGCCAGGCUUUUAUUUGAAAGUCGCUAUGGGCCGCCUGAACCCGAACCCGGUGAUGAGAUGAACGCAUACACACAUCUCUAUACGCUUCUCAGCGCAUAAAUGCAUUUUCAUGCGAUUUCAGUUGCAGGACGUUGCGGGGAUGUGAAGCAUGUUUCCGCGCACCUCAAGUUGUCCAUCGACAUGAUGCCAUCAACAUGAGGGAGCGUCACGGUGACACUGCGCAAGAGGCGGCUCCCCUUCAGCACGUUCAUUCAGUUAAUGUACGUGGCCCUGUCUCCAUGAAUCCAGCUUUUUGGAGAAUGGAUCAUUCGGACCGUGAAGGAACGCGGUGGCCCGGCCAGUUCAUGAGAAGACACACGGACCUGGCCUCAUCUCUCUCCUCCCGGAAGGCCGGGAAGUUCACCGACUCUGAAGCGGAUCAGUGAUGGAAUCGAUAAAGCGGGCUGGAAAUACUCACUAUGACAUCUAUGACUCACUUGUC